AUGGAUAUAAUACGGUAAUACGGAUGUGUCCUCUGCCCAUUUCCGGUUUUCAGUAACUUAACUUUCACUUUGACUGAAUUCGGCGAAACAACCUAGGGUGAACAGGAUUACAGUAUAAAACUUCCAAUUACAAUACGGUGCCAGGGAAGGUAGCAAUGGUGACAAGAUGACACAACCAGCACAAGACAUAGAACAAAGAAAUGUCUUGGAAGAAAAAGAAUGCAUUUACGAGAAGUUUCAUAUAUUUGAUUUCUGUGACAAUGUAAAAUUCCAGGCAGGUUGGAGUAAAAUUGUAACAGCAGUUCCAGAAGAAAGACAAGAUGCUGAAUGUCUGAAGGCUAAACUUUUCUUUUAUUCAAAGUUGUAUGGAAAAGUAACAAAAGAGGGAUAUGAACAAUGGCUGAAGGAUCAUUCCAACUCCAUACAAGAAGGUGAAGUUUCAAAAACAGAAACUGGAAAAAGUUCUUUGGAAUCAGAAUCAAAUUCAAAGACAGAUGAUCUUGUGAAAAUUGAAAUUAAAUCUAGGACAACUGACACACAAGUGGAAGUGCUUGAAAGCAAUGACCUUGACCCCGUCGAAAAGAAAGAUGGUGGUCAGAGUGAGAACCAUCUAACUUCCGAAUUAAACAAGGGAGAUAACUUAGAUACAGCUCAAAGUUCUGCAUUGGAAUUCAGUAGAAUUGCAGAAAUGAUUGAAAAAGGACUGACAUUACCAGGCAUUGAAGAAUUAAACAUCAAACCACUAGAAAUUGAUCCAAAUCCAUCGGAAAUGGAGAGACUGAAAAAACCAUGGGAGAAUUAGUUCUUUUUUAAGGUGUGUAAUGAUAACGUGACAUUGUACCAAACACCAGGAGUGCUUAAAGUGUCACACUGGUGUGUGGGACCUAAGAUUUUUGACAUCAGAUUUCAGUGAUGUCACAUAAAAUGAAAAUCCCUAAUGCACACAUUCUUUUAAUUUCAACUGAAGAUUGAAUUGAUGAUGAGAUAUCCCUCCAGAUUGUUUGAUAAAAUGUUAUCAUAAUUCAGAGAAAUUAAUGUAUAUUUUCCUUAUCAAAUUGCCUUAAUUUAUAUGAUGAUUUUAAUGUGUUAGAAUGUAUGAUAAUUAAAAAUUACUGCAAUUGGUUUGAAAGGAGAAUGAAUGAAUUUGAAUUUAAUUUGAAUGGAUUACCGAUGAAAUAGUUUAAUGCCAAAGCAAUAGUCCUAUCUAAUUAUUCAUUCUAGAAAAGUUCAGAAAUGUUUUAAAUAAAAAAAUAUUUAACCAG